ACGUGUGCAGUCCCGGAAGCGGCCGGGGGAAGCUGCUCCGCGCGCGCUGCUGGAGGAAGCGCCGCCCGGUCCGCUCCGCUCGGGGUCCGGCUGGGCCAUGGAGUCGAUGUCCGAGCUCGCGCCCCGCUGCCUCCUGCUUCCGCUGCUGCUGCUGUCGUUGCUGCUCCUGCUGGGCCCGAGCCGCGCCCGGGCGGAGGAGACCGACUGGGUGCGAUUGCCCAGCAAAUGCGAAGUGUGCAAGUAUGUCGCAGUGGAGCUGAAAUCAGCUUUUGAAGAAACCGGGAAGACCAAGGAAGUGAUUGACACAGGCUACGGCAUUCUGGACCGGAAAGCCUCUGGAGUCAAGUACACCAAGUCGGACUUGCGGUUAAUUGAAGUCACUGAGACCAUUUGCAAGAGGCUUCUGGACUACAGCCUGCACAAGGAGAGGACUGGCAGCAACCGGUUUGCCAAGGGUAUGUCGGAGACCUUUGAGACACUGCACAACCUAGUCCACAAAGGUGUCAAGGUGGUGAUGGACAUCCCCUAUGAGCUGUGGAAUGAGACCUCGGCUGAGGUGGCCGACCUCAAGAAGCAGUGUGACGUGCUGGUGGAGGAAUUUGAAGAGGUGAUUGAGGACUGGUACAGGAACCACCAGGAGGAGGACCUGACUGAAUUCCUCUGCGCCAACCACGUGCUCAAGGGCAAGGACACCAGUUGCCUGGCAGAGCGGUGGUCUGGCAAGAAGGGGGACAUCGCCUCCCUGGGCGGGAAGAAAUCCAAGAAGAAGCGUGGCAGGGUCAAGGGCUCCGGGGACGGCAGCAGCAAGCAGAGGAAGGAGCUAGCGAGCCUGGAGGGGGACGCCAGCCCCGAGGAGGAGGAGGGGGUGCAGAAGGCGUCCCCCCUCCCACACAGCCCCCCUGAUGAGCUGUGAGCCCAGCGUAGCGUCCUCGAGUCAAGACCCCUGACUUCAGAGCUAAAGAGCAUGGGACGCGCCUCCAGCAAGGAUGGCUGCUGUCCAGCUUCAGGUCUCCUACCUUGGCUGUGCCCUCUUCCUGCCCUUGAGCAACAGCAAGAAGUGGACUGAUGUGGGGGUGGGAGACCCCAUCCCCAAAGGGAAGAGGAGGAGGGUGUACAGAAGGCAGCUCUCUUCCCACACAGCCCCUGUCGUGAGCUCUGGGUCCAACCCAGCAUCCCCAGACUGAGACCCCCGACCUUGAAGCUGAAGAACACGAGGCACAUAAAUCGCCUCCUCCAGCGUCAGGUCUCGGACUCGCCUGUACCCUCUUCACCAGGAUGGACGCAGCCUCAGGAAGGACUUAGCAAAGCAUGGCAGCCACACUUGCCUCUCCCUCCACCAAGCCUUCUCUUCUGCUGGGUCCUUGGUCAGGUCAUGCGUUUCAGAACUUCCAGGGUGAGCUCAAUGUGGUGUGGUACAAGGGGCUGGGCACCAGACCUGGGGCCACUCCAGAGCCUGCGGAGAGGGCACCUCACCUGACCUGACCCCACGGGGAAGCAAACUGCAGCCACAGCAGCGCCCCAUCUCCAUCCACUCCUGAGGACAACUCACACUCUGCCCAGCCCUCCUCCCCAGGGCUACCAGAGUAAACACCUUUUGGCCUUUUGGUUCUGGUUCCUGGGUCCUCUUCAGCCUCCAGAGUGUCCCCUGGUUGCUCUUUUCUGCCUGUCUCCCCCAGUCCUGAGGGCUGGGAAGUGAUGAAGCUGCCACCCUCGUUGGAGGCUUAACCUGCCAGGUACUGGGAGGAGCGGGUGCCAACAGUGCCCAGGGUUGGUUUGGGUUGAAGCAGUGGUUCUCAUCCUUCCUGAUGCUGCAACCCUUUAAUACAGUCCUCAUGUUCUGGUGGCGCCCCCUCCCCAAUCAUAAAAUUAUUUUCGUUGCUACUUCA